AUGCCCGUUCUACCCUCUCUAGACGGCUCCUCCUUCGAUGCCGACAUCCGUGACCGGCAUCUGAUUUAUGAUUAUUCCGUGCGCGUCGAUAACGGAGACACUGAGAAGUGGCGGUAUGAAAUGUGGUUUUACAACCAAGACCGCAUUGUCUAUAAGAUCCAUGGGGGUCCGAUGGCCGGUCGAAGAAAUUUUCAGUCUGCCACCUAUCAAUGCAUUCGACCCGGCGAGCUGUGGCAGUGUAAUUGGCUCGAAGAAACCGGAACACUAUGCUCAAUAGUGUACGACAUACCCCGCAAACGCAUCACCGCCCUGCUUGGGUUUUCCAAGGGACAUUGGGAGCAGAAUGAGGCAUCACACGGCGAUAAACGGAAUCCAGAGGAUUUGGCGAGGUGGAGAGGUUUGGCGCGCAUCGGCACCCAGGUGGAGCGGAAACUCUUGAGUGAGCAGGCAGAUAUUGUGGAGGACUUCCGCGGUCCUGGAGAUUUGGAACCCAUUGAGAUGGACUGGCCAACCUUGUGA